AGCCCAGCUCUACUCUGCUUGAUCAUUCCAACGGCCAGUCCUUCCUUCAGUUGCUUGCAACAGUCCAUUCAUUCUUUUCAUUUACUCACUACACCUUCUUUUCGUGAUCCGGUAUCACUAAGUCAAUUGUUGUACAUACACUUACACAACUUUCCAACAACAACUUCAAGAUGUUCUGCAAGGCUAUUAUCGCUACCGCCCUUCUCGGCGCGGCCUCCGCUCACCAGAACAUGCACCAGUUCUGGGUCAACGACGAGACACCCGGCUACCAGACUGGUAUCCGCAUGCCUCCCUCCAACAGCCCCGUCACUGAUGUUACAUCCAACGACAUGGCUUGCAACGUUGGUGGCUCCAAGGUCCCCUCCGGUGUUGAGACUGUCCCUGCUGCUGAGGGUGACACCAUCAAGGUCCAGUGGGACCAGUCCGGUCACCCCGGCCCCAUCACUCACUUCCUCUUCGGACCCGUCGAUGACGCCAGCCAGGCCACUGGUAUCGGUGCCGGCUGGUUCAAGAUCGACGAGCAGGACCAGGUUGAUGGCAAGUGGGCCAACGAGAUCAUGGGCGCCAACAACAUGACCCGCGAGUUCAAGCUCCCCACCGGCCUCGCCAGCGGAGAGUACCUCCUCCGCUCGGAGAUGCUUGCUCUCCACGGCGCCCAGACUGUUGGCGGUGGCCAGUUCUACAUCGGCUGCGCCCAGCUCAAGAUCACCGGUACUGGUACCAAGGGCGCCUGCGGCCCCACCAUCUCCCUCCCCGGCGCGUACAAGGCUGAGGACCCCAACAUCUACAUCCCCAACGUCUACAACGGCUUCGAUGCCUCCACCUACACCGCCCCCGGUGGCCCCAUUGCCAGCUGCGACGGCUCCGCACCCUCCACACCUGCCCCUGCCUCCUCUGCCGCUUCCAACGGCACUGCCGUCGCCACGCCCACCGCCGCCUCGUCUGCCGUUGCCACCAGCGCUGCCGCCGAGGAGACCCCCGUUGAGGAGACCCCUGUUGCGUCCGCCACUGCCACCGCCUCUGCCACCGCCGUUGCCACUCCCACCGCGGCUGCUACCUCCGGCGCCGAGGCCCCCGCUGCGUCUGCGUCUGCCCCCGCGUCCGGCAGUGCGCUGCCCGAGGAGUUCACCCUCGAGACUUUCAUUGCGUGGCUCAAGCAGCAGGCUUAGACGCCUGCGCUGAACGCACGAUGGAAUGAUGGAUGUGAUGUUGAUUGAGACAUCUUCUUGUAUAUACCUUAG